CCAUAAAUACCCCCUUCCUAUCCUCCCAUAUCCUCCACCUCCAUUCCACACUCCAACUCCUUUUCCAUUUCUCUCCUUCUUCUUCUUCAUCUUCUUCUUGUUUUUCUUACAGAAAAUUAAUAAUGGCUAUUCGAAAAUCAAACAAACUGAGUCAAACCGCAAUGAUCAAGCAAAUCCUUAAAAGAUGUUCAAGCUUGGGCAAGAAACAUGGCUACUAUGAUGAUGGUCUACCAGUUGACGUACCAAAGGGUCACUUUGCAGUUUAUGUUGGUGAAAACAGAAGUAGAUACAUUGUUCCCAUCUCGCUUCUAACUCACCCCGAGUUUCAAUGCUUGCUCCGACUCGCCGAAGAAGAAUUCGGAUUCGAUCAUGACAUGGGACUCACUAUUCCUUGUGAAGAAGUUGUUUUUCUGUCUCUAACAUCAUCUCUCAGAUGAACCACCACCGUUGAUUACUAGAUCGUUCUGUUUGCAUAUAUGGGGAGAUGUUCAAGAUGAAGCUGAGUCUUCUCUUUUUUUAACUCGCUCUCCAUGUUCAUUCUUGAUCUUGGUUUUUUUGUUUAUUUUAAACCCUUUGUUUUGGGGUUUUUGUGGCUAAUUACUAACCCUAGAUCCCAAGAAAAAGAAUUGUUUUGGGUUUAGAUUUGUAUAAAGUAAGUCUGGUUUUCCUCACAGAUUUAAUCAGCUGUGGGAGAAGUUUUUAAGGCAAUUAAUGCAUUGUUUAAUUAUCUGCCUAUUUAACUUUAUUAUAUAAAAUUUAAUUGUCUCCUUUUCUUUUAA